GUUAAAUUAUAGUACGUACGACUAUCUUAUUCAGGAUGGAAGUUAUCAUUCGCUAUAGUUGCAUUGGAAUAGCUAUUCUAACACAUUUUUCUAUCUGUCACUGAAUUUGCACAAAACCUUGAUUAUGAUGGACAAACAGUUUCUUUCUAAAUCUUCUAACCUGUCAUGUCUAUGGCGAUCUUUGCUAUCAGGAUCGCCUGAUGAUAGUUUAUCACUUUAUUGGCUUGGCUUAGCUUGUGUAGAAUCACAGUAAGCAUCGUGUAAUACUUUAACAUACCAUAGAUUAUUUUUGAAUGAUAGCUGAAACUAGAGAAUGAUAAUCAAUUUGGCAUAGCAUUGUUGGGCAUGUACUAAAUAAACAAAGGGCUAACGGGUCAAAUCAAGCAAAAAUCAUUAAAAUACAACUCUACUUGAUUUUUUAUUCUCAGUUAAUACUAAAAUCAACUAUUAUUUCAUUGAUUUCUUCAAAAUAAAAAUAAAAUAACUGUUGAUUUGUUCAAAAUAAAAUAAAAUAGCUACUAGUCAACAUAUGUAAGCAGUGACUAGUCUGAAUAAACUCAUUCAACUUUUACAAAAAUAUAAAUUUAGUUACAUCUCUGCUCUCGAUCUAUCAAUGUCAAAAAAGAAGGAUGCAAAGAUCUGGAUGAACAUCAAAAGAACUAUUUUUCAUUAGAAAAGAAGACAGCAGUAUUAGUUCUUUUGUGAAUCGUGCGACAGGUUUUAAAACUUGUUUAUGUUUAUAAACGAAGAAGCAGAUCUUCUACUAGGUGAAUACACGGAGGCGAGAAUCAUCAACAAACCGGAGGCACCAGUUAUGGGCACCAAUUACGAUUACAGGGUUGUUGGGGAUGAUACAUUUAUGUCUGAUCAGCAAAGCAUUAGUGUGGCCCGCAGAGUUACAUCGACGGAGCCAGAGAAUGAGGCUGUGUUAGUUGAGGAGAAGCGUAUCAGAACUGCAAGUUCCCUAAAAGAAGCCAGGAUAUUGGUUGACAUCAAAGAGCCAGAGAAGGCUAGGGAAAAGUUGGUUGAUGGCAGUACAUCAAUUUCAGGGAAAGCUGCUAGUACAUCACUUUCAGAAAUUGAGGCCAUACUAGCUAAGACUCAGCCGUGCAAGCUUCCUCUAUCCACGGAGCCCCAGCAAUUCUACACCAACCAAGGGGUGUUAGUUCGGCUCCGGCGCCGGCUCCGGAUUCUGCUUGCUAGGUGGUGCCAAGUCUUUCAGAUAUAGCCUCCUGCAAUGUAUGCGAAUCUUUUUGCAAGGAGAAUCUAGUGGAUUUGGUUUUGCGAAUUGCGGUGGUGAUAAUUUUUCUUAUAGGCUUUUUUGGUUUGCAAAGACCUGCAAUUUUUGCGAAUGAAGCAACACCACCGGUCCACCACUACUACCAGAGAGGAGGCACUGCAGAAUUGAUGUUUGACAUUGUAUCGCAGCUACCGUUUAAUGAUCAAUGAUUUGGGUUUUCAGUUUGUUCUACCCGCUAAGGGUGUCAUUUUGUCUGUGUUUUAAGUUCGCUUUUCAACUCUCCGUUAAAGUUGUGUUGUCUCCCAAGUGAAUUUCCCUCUUAAGUUGGUUUAUUGGGUUUAUAAACUUUUAAGGACUUGUUAUCUGACUGAUUAGGAGGAGUGAGGAUCAUUUUUCAA